AUGCAUGUCUUCUCCGCAUCUGUGUUCGAGCCCGCAGCGGACGAGGUGCGUAGGACGACGCUACUCGCCGAGGAAGUCGGCCGCUUUGCAAGGCCUGAAAGUAGCCGCCUGCCAUCGAAGACGUCUUCGGACGAGGACUUGCCGGACAUCGCGCAACUGCAGGUGCGUGAGUGUAACAAGGAGGGGAAGGGGAAGAGAGUUGUGAGUAACGACAGCGAUGCUGCAUACGACGCGCAUGCAGCGAAGGGGAAGUCUAAGAAGGCGACACGUACUAAUAAGAGGAAGUGGAAGGGCAGGUGGGACUCCAAUGACGACGCGCCGCGUGAGGUAUCGGGCGACUCGAUUGCGUUGUGGAACCGCAGAGACAACGAUAUGCCAGGUCAUCGAUUCUAUGCAUAUGAGGUCGUAUCUGUAACUCAAUAG